AUGAGUUUCAGUUUGGAUUCUGUUGAACAACUCAAUAUUCCUGAAGUCGUGUUUUACACUACAAGUGCUUGUGGCUUCAUGGGGUACCUUCACUAUGGUGAACUUGUUGCUAGAGGAUAUGUCCCUCUUACAGAGUGUAUAUCGGAAGGGGUGCUGAUGAUUUGCUGGCCGUUUUUCGCUGAACAACAAACGAAUUGUCGAUAUGCAUGCCCCAAGUGGGAGAUCGGGUUAGAAAUCGAGGGAGACGUGACAAGAGAAAAAGUGGCAAAAUUGGUGAAAAUUUUGAUGGAGGGAGAGAAAGGAAAGGAAAUGGGGAAAAAGGCCUUGGAAUGGAAAGAGAAGGCUCGAUUGGCUGCUAAGCCUGGUGGCUCCUUACCAGAAUUUGGAGUAUUUGAUUAA